AUGGCCAGCACCAACGGCUCCAGCGGCCCCAGCGCGACGCUGAAUCUUGCCGCCCCGGCAACUUCUUCGACCAAUGGCGCCUCCAAAUCCGCCUUCGCCGUCAAGGCCGGCCUGGCCCAGAUGCUCAAGGGCGGAGUUAUUAUGGACGUCACAAAUGCUGAGCAGGCCCGUAUCGCCGAGGAGGCAGGCGCCUGUGCCGUUAUGGCACUCGAGCGCGUGCCCGCUGAUAUUCGCAAGGACGGCGGCGUCGCCCGCAUGAGCGAUCCCGGCAUGAUCAAGGAGAUCCAGGAAGCCGUCACCAUUCCUGUUAUGGCAAAGGCCCGCAUUGGCCAUUUUGUCGAGUGCCAGAUUCUCGAGGCUCUCGGCGUUGAUUACAUCGACGAGUCUGAAGUUCUGACGCCUGCCGACGACGUUUACCACGUUGAGAAGUCUGGCUUCAGCGUCCCAUUUGUGUGCGGCUGCCGUAACCUCGGCGAGGCCCUGCGCCGCAUCGCAGAGGGUGCCGCCAUGAUCCGGACUAAGGGAGAGGCCGGCACGGGUGACGUCGUCGAGGCCGUCAAACACAUGCGCACCGUCAAUCGCGACAUUGCGCGCGCGAGAGCUGUGCUGGCAGAGACCGGAGAGCUGGGAAUCCGGCAAUUGGCGAGGGAGUUCGAGGUAGACGCUGCCCUCCUGAAGCAGACCGCAGAGCUCGGUAGACUGCCCGUUGUGAACUUCGCAGCCGGAGGUGUGGCCACUCCAGCUGAUGCCGCUCUGAUGAUGCAGCUUGGCUGCGACGGCGUGUUCGUAGGAAGCGGCAUUUUCAAGUCGGGUGAUCCUGCAAAGAGAGCCAAGGCUAUUGUAAGAGCCACGACUCAUUACAAGGACCCCAAGGUUCUGGCGGAGUGCAGCACCGGCCUGGGCGAAGCUAUUGUCGGCAUCAAUAUCAGCUCUAUGCGACCUGAUGAGAAGUUGGCAGGCCGCGGCUGGUAA